UUUCUGCCCUAUCCUUUCAAAGAUUCCAGGAAAUCGUCCAAGUCUAACACGCAACGGAAUCAGACUUUGGUGUCAUCAAGAACGGCGGAGGAGAUUGAGUUUUAUUCAGGAAACCCAAUGGUGGAAACCACUGAAGGCAUUAUCCAUGACAGAGGUGCAUACGUUUGCGGAUGGGAUGACGUCAACCAUGCUCUGUAUCUUUUCCGAUUUGUUGGUUUUCGUGGCACCAAUGAGGUAACGCAAUUAGAGGCAAUUGAAGAGUUAAAGGUUGUGAAGAACGAUGCACCCAAUCGGUAUAUGGCACUGCUCAAAUUUCAAACUGAUCAAUUUUACCUCACUUACAACAAUACAUGUUAUAGAAAUGUGGAAUCAGAAGUUUGUCAACUAAUGUAUGUCUCUCAUGUGGAAAAAACUCACCCUGGUCUAGCUUUUCCCACGAAGGAUUUGUUGGAGUUGCCAUCCUGUCCAGUGUGCUUGGAACGAUUGGUGAGUAUAUUGACCACAAUCUUGUGCAAUCACACGUUUCAUGAUCAAUGUAUCGCCCGAGUGGAAGAUUCCACGUGUCCGGUGUGCCGCUACGUCCAGUCCCCGGAAUUGCUGGACGAUCGUCAGUGUGCAGAUUGUGGUACGCGAGAUAAUCUAUGGAUUUGUUUGAUCUGUGGCCGUAUCGGUUGUGGACGGUACGGACAGAAACACGCACAUCGCCAUUUCGAACAAACCGGUCAUACAUUCGCACUGGAAUUGGGCAAAAAUCUGGUAUGGGACUAUGUGGAUGAUGCGUAUGUGCAUCGAUUAGCUGUAAAUCAUGAGGAUGGCAAACUGGUCCAAAGUACGUCGAAGUGGGUCUUUGAGGCACGUUUAAUUCUCAGCUCGUCCAUUCAGUCGGGAAGCACUAUAUUCGAAUUUCGUAAUUGUUGGAGCUCAACAUGUUUGCUAGAAGUAAUCUAA